GUUCAGUCAGCGCCACGACGCAGAAACAACACCGAGACUAUGACGCACGCGCCGCGAACUCCUGGUAACGUCUCCAGUCACAGGUCUCUCUGAUCGACUAAGGACCCAUCACACACGAGCCAGGCAUCUAGAGACCUCAGGAACCUCAAAGACCUCAGGGACCUCAGCAGAGCCUGUGGAUCGCAGAGUCCAGCAGGUUCUUGGGUCUCUCCCCCUCAGGCUCCUCCCCCUCAGGCCCCUCCCUCUCAGGUCCCUCAUUUCCAGGCUCCUCCCUGUUCCGGCUCCUCCCCUUCAGACUCCUCCCUCUCAGUCUCCUCCCCUUCAGACUCCUCCCUCUCAGGUAAACAAAACCCUCAAACCACCUCGCAGCUCCACUCCAAAGAACAGAUAGGUAUCCACUGCAGCGGAUGGAGCAGCCAUUUUGAAUUUUACGCUUUUAUGGUUCCAGAACAAGCACAAUUCAGGCAAUACCUCCAGAUCUGUCACAGUGCACUCGAACAAUACAACCAACACAGAGACCAGUCCUGAUACUGGUACUGUUACUACAACUACUACUACUGAUACUACUACAACUACUACUACUACUACUACUGGUAGUACUACUACUUCUAAUUCUAUCCAGUGUCCUGUCGCUUUUCCUCACAUCAAAUCCAAAAGGCAGCCUACUCUACCAGCAGAAUCUCAAACUUUAAACGGUUCAGACGCUUUAAACGGUACAGUGGUCAUUGUCUCGUCCAACAAGAACCUAGAAGAAUCAUCUGAAGUCUUCAAUGCAGAAAACCUCGCCAUUUUGAACCAAUCUAGUGUCGGAAUUGAAUAUGCAAAUGAGAUGAGCACUACAAACAGUCUCCGUGCUAGAAUCCAGGCCUUUGAAAACCAGGCUGAAGAGGCAUCCGAGCCAGUCAGACCACAGCCGGCGGCGAGGAAGACAAGACCUCCAGUAGCGGCGAAACCUCCUGUAGCUGCCAAAUCGCAAAUCAACGCCAGCGAGCUCUAUGAAAAUGUGUCCUCUUCGCCCCCAACCCCGACCCCGGCUCCCAAACCUGCCAAGAAACCUUUGGGGAAAACAAAUUCAGUAAAGGAGGAACUGAAUGCGAUAUUGGCUCAGCAGAGGUCCAAGCCGCCGAUGUUGAACCGGGAGCAGAGUAUUUAUGAUGAUGAUUUCGCCAAAGAACCCUCAACGCCACUGCUUAAACCCGCCAGAGAACCACUCAGACCCAAUCGGAAUAUAAACAAUCACAACAACUACACCGCAGAGACAGUGUACCACCAUACGGAGAAUGUGCACAUGCCCCCAGUGGACAGUGAGGAGCCUGCAUUCAGUGAGUACGACUAUGUGGACACAAGGUCACUGGCUUCAGAAAGUGCGUAUGACAUCGGGGACACGUGGGACUCGUGGGACGAUGACGCAUCACAGAGUUGGGAAGCAGCAGGCUCCAAUUAUGAAUAUGUGGAGUAUACGCAAAGUAAAAAUUCUGACUAUGAUUCUGAGCCCAAAACAUACGAGGCCAAAGCACCAGGUUUUCCUGUCCAGCCGAGGCCUUCUGUGGGCAGCACUGCCCCCUCGAGGCAGAGUAUGACCCGCAGACCGACCAUCAUUGGCGUCCCCAAGAAAAGUGCUUCAUUUUCAGAUGGUGUUCUGGAUGGCCCUCCUCCCGUCCCCAUGCAGAUGCCUGUGCAGAUGCCUGUGCAGACGCCUAUGCAGACGCCUGUGCAUAUGCGUGCGCAAGUGCUCAAGGCACCACCAGCUAACAGACAUUCAGUCUCGUCUUUCCCUACUCAGGUGACCCACAGUCCCAGACCAGAGCCAACACUUCCACCGCGGAGGCUCACGGCCAGUAAAACUCUGCCCCCUCGCCCCCCCCUGGUGCGGUCUGAUGCGGGCAGACCUCCGUCUUCGUGGAUGGAAGCGGCGGGUCGCUCUAACUCCGCCCCCUGGGACUCGAUGCCCAAACCACAGCCACAGGCGCCCACAAAGAGAGGCCCAGUGCUGCCCCCUAGACCCAAUCCAGGACACCGCCUCUACAACAAAUACACUCUUCAAGUCCCUCACGCCGUUGCAUCCACAGACUACGAUGGCAGCAGCACUGGCGAGCUCUCAUUCCAGAAAAAUGAAGUCCUGGUGUUGCUGAACCCGAUAGACUCCAGCACGUACGAGUGUCAGGUGGGUGACAGGAGAGGGAGGGUCCACAGGUCCAGUAUGAAGGUCAUCACUCCGCUGACCACAGCCUCAGAUGCCUCCGCAGCACAGGGCGGUGAGCUAACAGCCUCAGGCAGUGGACUAACGGUGGAGGCCCUGUUUGAUUUUAGCCCAGAGAAUCCAGAUGAGCUGAGUCUGAAGGCGGGCGAUGUGGUGACACAGGUGGAGCAGGUGGACUCACAGUGGUACCGAGGAACAUGCUCAGGCUCCACCGGGUUCUUCCCCAUCAACUACGUCAGAAUCCUGGAGAAUUCACCACAAUGGUCGGAUAGAAACGUCCAGAAGCCCUCAGCAAAAGUCAGCGGGCCGAGGUGUGUUGCCAGGUUUGACUUUGAGGCCGAGAGCAGUGACGAGCUGAGUUUCUCUGAGGGAGAUGUAAUCCAGCUCAAAGCCUACGUGGGACAGGACUGGGCUCGGGGAACUCUUGGGACCUUCAGUGGGAUCUUUCCCCUCAACUUUGUAGAGAUCGUCCAAGAUCUACCACCAGCACCAACCCCACAGCCAGCUACACCCAACAAGAUAGCACUGCCUGGCCUGUGUAAAACCGCACACGAUCAUGUGACCCCUGAGUGUGGCUUGGAGUGGGUGGUCGCACUGUACGACUUCUCUGGGAACACGGAGGGAGAUUUGAGCUUUGAGACGGGAGACCAGAUCCUCGUUAUACAACACCUGGACUCGGACUGGAGCUGCGGGCGCCUCCACGGCCGCGAGGGCAUCUUCCCACGAGCCUUUGUCACAGCCCCACAGCAUUAGGCAGUGCUAGAUGAACUAUGCCAUUGUGUUACUUUAGUAAAAGUACAGGUACAGAGGGAAAAGUACCACAUGAAAAAAUCUACUUGAGUAAAAGUAUUUAAGUACCUGUUUAAAAAUGUACUUUAAGAGUAAAAAGUAAAAGUAUUUCACACAAGUGUUGUUCAUUUGUUAAAGUGUA